GUUGUGUCUCCGUGAAUCGCAGUCGACCGCCGGUGAUGAACCCGCCGCGGCUCGCAGACUCCGACAGGAGCUCCACGGUCCGGGCACAGGAAGUUUGAAAGUACCGGGUGGAGCGUUGUACCCGCCGGGCUGCGAUGUGAGAGUCACGGAGGAGGCAGCGUCGCAGCUUUUCACUUUUAUUUUCUGCCUGUGGGAAAAACGAGUCCAUCCGUGAAGAGAACGAUGCAGAGCAGAGCUCCACACCGCGGGACAUCAUGGAGCCCACUCCUCCUCCUGUAGCCGCCCCACACGCACCAUAACCGGGGUGUGAACGGGCCCGUCAGCUCUGCCGGACCGAACCCUGAGGACAGAGCCCGCUGCGGGUCUGCAGCCAUGGAGGAGGAGGACGAGGAGGUGGGGGUCAGCAUGGAGUACCUGCUGGAGCAGGCGCUGCAGAAGGACCUGGCCAAGAGGCUCCAGGUGGGACAGGAGAUCGUAGAGCUGGUCCUGGACCCGAACAGGUCCCCCGAGCUGGAGCAGGACCAGGGCUCGCUGGACAGGAUGGUGGACGCGGUGGCGAGCUCCUGGGUGAACUCCAGCAACUUCAAGGUGGUGCUGCUGGGGAUGGACGUCCUUUCGGCUCUGGUCACUCGACUGCAGGACAAAUUCAGGACGCAGGUUGGAACCGUUCUGCCGAGUCUGAUCGACCGACUCGGCGAUGCCAAGGACCAAGUCAGGGACCAGGACCAGGUUCUUCUGCUGAAGAUCAUGGACCAGGCUGCCAACCCACAGUUUGUGUGGGAGCGAAUGACGAGCGGCUUCAAACACAAGAACAACCGGACCAGAGAGGGAAUCUGCCUCUGCCUCAUCUCCACCUUAAACGUGUUUGGAUCUCAGAGUCUGACGCUCAGUAAAAUAGUUCCUCACAUCUGUAACCUGCUCGGAGAUCCCACCAGUCAGGUGCGUGACGGCGCCAUGUCGUGCCUGGUGGAGAUCUACCGCCACGUGGGAGAGCGAGUGCGAAUGGACCUGGGGAAGAAAGGUCUGCCUCAGUCACGACUCAACGUCAUUUUCAGCAAGUUCGACGAGGUUCAGCGGUCGGGGAACAUGGUGCUGUCACCGGUGUCAGACAAGAACUUCGAGGAUGAUGACUCUGUGGACGCCGGACGCUCCUCGUCCUCGUCCAAAGGCGCCUCGGUGUCCGGGAAGAAGACGGUGAGCAUGGGUUCGUUCCGACGCCCCGCCUCCAGCUCCGCCUCCAGCUCCAGGUCUGCAGGGCGGGACGCCUCAAGCUCAGGCGCUGGAGCCGUGGACGAGGACGACUUCAUCCAGGCCUUUGAGGACGUUCCCACGGUGCAGAUCUACUCCAACAGGGAGGUGGACGAGGCCAUGACGAAGAUCCGAGACGUGCUGUCGGACGACAAGCGGGACUGGGAGCUCCGGGUGGCGGCUCUGAAAAAGGUGCGUUCGCUGAUCCUGGCCGGAGCGACGGAGUUCGAUGGCUUCCCGCAGCAGUUGCGGCUCAUGGAGGCGGCGUUCAAGCUGUCGGCCAAAGACUUGCGCUCGCAGGUGGUGAGGGAGGCCUGCAUCACUCUGGGCCACCUGUCGCAGGUGCUCGGCGGGCGGUUCGACCACGCGGCGGAGGCCGUCAUGCCAGCGCUCCUCAACCUGGUGCCCAACAGCGCCAAAGUCAUGGCCACGUCCGGCAUCGCUGUCAUCCGCCUCAUCCUGCGACACACACAUUAUCCUCGUCUGAUCCCGAUCAUCAGCAGCAACUGUACGGCAAAGUCUGUGGCUGUACGCAGACGCAGCUUUGAGUUCAUGGAGCUGCUGCUGCAGGAGUGGCAGACCAGUUCCCUGGAGAGACACUGUACCGUUGUCAUGGAGACCAUAAAGAAAGGGAUCCACGAUGCCGACGCCGAGGCUCGAUCCGUGGCCAGAAGGUGUUACUGGGGUUUCCACGGUCACUUCAGCCGGGAGGCGGAGCAUCUGUUUCAGGGCCUGGAGUCGUCCUAUCAGAAGGCUCUGCUUGCUCACCUGAAGAGCGGCGACUGUGUGAUGUCACUGCCCGCCUCCGACCGCUCGUCCUCCUCAUCUCAGGAGAGCCUCAAUCGACCUCUGGGUGUAAAAAGUUCAGCAGGAAGCACAAACAGAUCUAAACCCGGCCACACCUCCAGGACUCCUGCCGCCGCCUCCUCUCCGGGAUCCCUGCAGCGCUCUCGCAGCGACGUGGACGUCAACGCCGCCGCCACGGCCACGGCCCGCACCAGGCUGACCGCCGCUCCGUCCAUUGGUUCGCCCUUCAGCUCGGCCUCAGCACUUCCCCCCGGGUCCUACGCUUCCCUGGGUCGAGUGCGAACGCGGAGGACGAGUUCAGGAAACAGUCCGUGUGUGACAGACAGCCGCGGUCGCAGCCGAGGGAAGGUCGUCUCCCAGUCUCAGCCCGGCAGUCGCUCAGGUUCUCCGGGUCGACUGCUGAGCUCCACCUACGUCAGGAUCCCGAAGCCGACGAUGGGCGCCGCCGCCGCCAACAGCCUGAGCCGACCACGAGGUCACCGCAGCCAGGGCUGCAGCCGGGAGACCAGCCCCACCAGAUCUGGCCUGGCCCGGAGUCGAAUCCCGCGGCCGAGCAUGAGUCAGGGCUGCAGCCGCGAAACCAGUCGCGAGAGCAGCCGCGACACCAGCCCUGCCAGGGGUUUCUCCCCCCUGGCGACUCGCCGUCACUCCCGCUCCACCAGCGCCCUGUCCUCCGCAGAGUGCUGCUCAGACCGACUCGCCCAUCAGGCUCGGAUCUCGGCCUCCGUCAAUGCCAUGAAGAUCCUGGACACCGGCACCGAGGUGGAGGCUGCGGUCGCAGAUGCUCUGCUCUUAGGAGACUCGAGGAACAAGCGGAGGCCCGUGCGGCGGCGCUUCGAGUCCCCGGGCAUGUACUCGGACGACGACGCCAACAGCGACGCCUCCAGCGCCUGCUCGGAGCGCUCAUACAGUUCACGCAACGGCGGCGCAGGGACGCACUACCUGCGCCAGAUGGAGGACGUGGCAGAGGUGCUGAACCACUGCGCCAGCGCUAACUGGUCCGAGAGGAAGGAGGGGCUGCUGGGCCUGCAGAACCUGCUGAAGAGCCAGAGGACGCUCAGCCGAGUGGAGCUGAAGAGACUGUGUGAGAUCUUCACCAGGAUGUUCGCAGACCCUCACAGCAAAAGAGUGUUCAGCAUGUUCCUGGAGACUCUGGUGGACUUCAUCGUGCUGCACCGGGACGACCUGCAGGACUGGCUCUUCGUGCUGCUCACCCAGCUGCUGAAGAAGAUGGGUGCCGACCUCCUGGGCUCCGUCCAGGCCAAAGUCCAGAAGGCCCUGGAUGUCACCAGGGACUCGUUCCCGUACGAGCAGCAGUUCAACAUCCUGAUGCGUUUCAUCGUGGACCAGACGCAGACCCCCAACCUGAAGGUGAAGGUCGCCAUCCUGCGCUACAUCGAGGCCCUGGCUCGCCAGAUGGACCCGUCCGACUUCGUCAACUCAAGUGAGACGCGCCUCGCCGUGUCGCGCGUCAUCACCUGGACGACCGAGCCCAAGAGCUCUGAUGUCCGCAAGACCCUCCACAACUGGGCAGGGGAGGAUUUCUCAGGCCGACCCAGCACCGUGGCCUCUCUGCCUGGGGAGGGCAACCUGGAGGAGAGGUGCAAGCAGGCGGCCCAGGUGGUGCUGAUCGCCCUGUUCGAGUUGAACACUCCGGAGUUCACCAUGCUGCUGGGAGCGCUGCCCAAAACCUUCCAGGACGGGACGACCAAGCUGCUGCACAACCACCUGAGGAACGCCAGCGCCAACAGCGGCAUCGUCAUGGCGUCUCCAUGUAACUCGAUGGGUCGGACACCUCCUCGACAACCAGGCAGCCGCAGCAGCCCGAUGACAUCACCCACCAACUGCUCCCACGGAGGACUGUCCCCCAGUCGGCUGUGGGGUUGGAGCGCAGAUGGACUCUCCAAGUUCCCUCCUCCACCCUUCCCCUCUUCCCCUCUUCCUCCGCCCACUUCUCACUCCUCCCUCAAGUCCCUGCGGCGAGCUUACUCACCCAGCAUGAUGGAGUACGACAGCGAGAACCUGAACUCGGAGGAGAUCUACAGCUCGCUGCGCGGCGUCACAGAGGCCAUUCAGAACUUCAGCUUCCGCAGCCAAGAGGACCUGAUGGAGCCGCUGAGGCGCGAUGGCAAAAGGGACGCCACGCUGGGAGUCGGAGCGUCGCCAGACUCCGACCUGCUGGAGGGCGGACGCACGGCGCUGGACAACAAGACGUCGCUGCUGAACACUCCCUCGCCACGAUCCUUCGCCGGCCCGCGCUUCCGCGACUACAACCCCUACAACUACACGGACGGCGUCAGCUCGCUGGACAAAGCCGCCCUGAAGGAGGCGCUGUACGAGGACGGCGUGGAGCAGCUGCGAGAUGGCCGGCAGGACUGUGUGGAGAACAAGAUCCAGAAUCCUAAAACCUUCCCGGGGGGCGCCACAGAGCAGCUGCAGCUGGUGGGGGAGCUGCUGAAAGAGCUGUCCCAGGGCCAGGCGGGGGAGCGGGGCCCCGAGGAGCGGCGGGGGACCCUGCUGGAGCUGUUGAAGGUGGUGCGGGAGGACGGCCUGCUGGUGUGGGAGGAGCACUUCAAGACGCUGCUGCUGCUGCUGCUGGAGACGCUCGGAGACAAAGACCACACGAUCCGAGCGCUGGCGCUGCGAGUCCUGAAGGAGAUCCUGAAGAACGAGCCGCUCCGCUUCAAGAACUACGCCGAGCUCACCAUCAUGAAGACGCUGGAGGCUCACAAGGACUCGCACAAGGAGGUGGUGCGGGCGGCGGAGGAGGCGGCCUCCACCAUGGCGAGCUCCAUCCAGCCGGAGCAGUGCAUCAAGGUGCUCUGUCCCAUCGUGCAGACGGCUGACUACCCCGUCAACCUGGCCGCCAUCAAGAUGCAGACCAGGGCCAUCGAGCGCGUCGCUAAGGAGCCGCUGCACCAGCUGCUGCCGGACGUCAUCCCGGGACUCCUGCAGGGCUACGACAACACGGAGAGCAGCGUGAGGAAGGCGAGCGUCUUCUGCCUCGUGGCCGUUUACUCCGUGAUGGGCGAGGAGCUGAAGCCGUACCUGGCCCAGCUGACCGGCAGCAAGAUGAAGCUUCUGAACCUUUACAUCAAACGAGCUCAGACAUCGACCAGCAACAGUAGCAGUUCUUCCGACAUCUCGUCCUACUGACUCGCUCCGAUCAGCUGACCUCACCUCCCCUCGCCGCUGAGGGGAUCCGUCCGCUUCCUUUCCCUCCACCUCCGCCGCUGACGGACAAGCUCGGAACGUCUUCCCGCCCUCUUUAAAUUGUAGGUCAUGUUUGUUUUCCGGAGGUGAAGUUGCAGCUUAGACGUUUCCUGAAGAACCAGACUUUUUGAACCCGAACCUCGAGUCUCCGACGUGCUGUCACUCCUCACUUCCUGGGUGAGGUGAGUCAACGUAGCGACGACGAGGACCGUCAGUAUUUUAUUCAUUUUAAUAAACAACAUGUUUUUGCUUUGACACAUCAAAACCUUAUCGUGUAUUGAAUGUAAAGAGAUUUGAAUGACUCACCUGUUGCCCGUCACCCGUUUCACCAUCCUCGCUCCUGCUGGAUAAAUCAGAAAGAAAAUCCUCUCUUCCAGGUGGAAUAUGUGGAAAAAAAAUGUGAAAUUCCAAGUUUCUAUGAAAUGUUGAAAUGAUCAUGUGGCGGGCCAGUGAUUGUCAGAGGUUUAAAAAUAAAAAAAUUAAAUUAUUUUUAGGCCAAAAAACCAGCAGAGACUAUCAGUGUUAUUAGUUACCAUGGAAACGAAAUGGGGGCAUUGAGGAUUAAACCACUUGAGCUUUUUUACGUGUGAAGGAAACUGUUCCGUCUGAUCAGAUUUUAAAUUUUAAAUUUGAAAAAAUCAAUAGAUUCUCUAAAGAUCUCUUAAUCGGACCUGGAUUGAAAAAUGUAAAAAAAAAAAAUACGAUAAAUCUCUUAUUUUUAAGUUAUUAUUUAAAAUGGCUGUUGAACAAGAGUUCGCUUCAUUAGCUUCGUUAGCUGAACUCGCUGUUACGUAACAAAACAUCACACCUCAGUCAGUUAUUAAUCAUAUUCACAGAAUGACAUCUUUGAUUAUCGAGUCAAUUCUGUAAUAUCUUAAUAAAAACUGAGCUAAACUUUAAUUUCUCUGAAUCUGUUCAUGUAGACAAUUAAUUUGUGAUUUUUUUUUAAUUAUAAUUUCCUUGUUAUUUAGUUUGUAAUUUGACAUGAACUAUCUUUUAUCCUGAGAUUUAAUCCCUCAGCUGCUUCUCCUCAACGUUAAUCUGUAAUUUCACCACAUACAGUUUGAAAUAUUAGAUUAUAUUUGAUUUUUAUGUUGUCUUUGACGUCCACACUGUAAAAAAUAACGACGACUCACCUAUUGGUUGAUUUCCAUUUUUCAAUCCAUCACCGCGAAGAAGAAUAAUCUUUCUAUUAUUGAUUGAAGUGGAAAAUUAAACUGAUCCAUAAUAAAUAUAAAGAAAUAAGAAGGAAAAAAUUUUUAAAAAAAAUUAAUCUAUUGAUUAUUAUUUUUUUCCCUGCUGUCAAGUUGAAGACUACUUUAAUAUUUAUAUAAGUUAUAUUUCACUACACGUGUCAGGAUGAAGGUUCCAGCGUCUCGUCAGUGUUUAGACUCUUUGUGCAGGAAGCUGAUCAUCAGGUUUAGUGAUCCUGAUAAUCAGGUUUAAUUGAUCCUGAGGCUGUUUGAAUGUAAACAGAAUCAGAUUGAAUGUACAGGAAGUGACUUUAAGACUUCCACCUCUGAUGUCGUCACGGAGACGAAGCAGCGACGACGCGCCGCCCUUUAAGUUAACGGGCGUUGACGAGUCGGACACGAGCAAUAAACCACUGAACAUUUCUUCCUCUCGCUGGUCAACGAAACGUGUCAUUACUAAUAUUAUUAUCAUCAUAACAUGUUACUGCUGCUUCUCAUACUAACAACGCUCUCAUAACUCCAGUGUGACUCUGCUGCUAAGCACCACCCGUGCGUCGCCGCACCAGGCGAGUCCAAACAAACGCUCCAGGAUCAGUUCCACGUUUCAUUUUCCUGCCGAGAAUCAGACGAAAGAUUAACGAUAAAAAUAAUUGACCUGUUGUUUUUUAUCCUUUUUACUUUAACUUUUCUGUUUUCACUUCUUGUCUUUGAUUUUCUUUUUCUUUGUUUCUCCUCUGUGAAAGUCGUCUGUUUUGAAAGGUGAUAAAUACAUAAAGUUAUGAUUAUGAUCUUAGGGACUGUGUAAAAUCACUGAGGUGGUGAAGGGACCGUGCAAACACUAAGUCCUGCUUUAUUAUUAUCUUUUUAUAAAAGAAAGAUUCCAGCUCAUGAUGCGAAGGGAACAAUAUUUAGUUAAUUGAACCGGCGACGAGUCAUUCCAUGAAGCUUCAGUCUGAAGCCGUUUCCAGAUGUGAAAAUGUCCGUAACCCAAAUUUCCAGACAUUUACCUGAGUUCCUGUUCAUAUGUUACGUUGAUCUGUGGCGCUCAAAAAAAAUGUUUUGAUGAAACUUGAAUCUUUACUCUUGUGAUUAUUUUAAAUUAAAUUCAAAGGAUGAAAUAGAAAAAAAUAUAUGUUUUGGAAAAUGUAUUUUAAAAAAGAAAACAUUUUUCUUUUUCCUGAUUUUUAUUUAUUUGACCAAACCGCAGAGUCGUGCAGCUUCUCCUCUGAUUCUUGGCAAGAAAGAGAAUUAAACAAGUUUCUUUGAAAUAAUAAAUAUGUUUAAUGUGACGUGUGAAUCCAGAAAGUGAAGGAUUGUGGGACUGAACACUCCCAGGCGUCGCUGUUCGUCCGACAUCACUUCCACCAUCUUGACUCUGGACUGAAUGUCGUCUCCAUGUCAUCCAGCGAUCCAGAGAAAAUCUUUAUUAUUUCCUGUUCAGUGACGUAAACGUCUGAACUACAUCUGCAUGCUUCCGUCACAGGAAGCAGGAAAACGUUCCCGUUGUAGAUUCUCCUGAGUUUGUGCCUUUGGGUGAAGAUAUUCCUGGUUUUCCUGUAGGAAACCAACUUGUACUAACUGCACCACAUGUCGUCAUGAAGAGACGCAUACGCUGUAAAUAAGCUUCACUACAGCAAUAAUUUCCAUGGAAACCACUUAUGAUGCAUGGCUCCUGUUUUUGUUUUGUUUUAGGUUAUUAGUUUUAUUUCCUGCUCUACAAUAUUUAUAUCCAGUUAAGUUUUGCCGUGUAUGACGUAUGUAUGCUGAUGUACAUAUUUACACAUCUGGUUCUUUCACCUGUGAUCCGACUUUGCAGAACUUGAAAUAAACUGUCAGACUUA